CAACCAUACUUCCGCAUACAUUUUCAUUUAUUUUUUUACUAUUAUGAAGCCCAACACGCACAGGAGUAUCGAAACUGUACGCCUUUGCUACUUUACUGGACAAAAACACCACGAGGCAAAAAUUCGUGUCCGGAUAAACUAUUCCGUGAACGUUGAAUCUCCUCGAGCGAGUUGAGCUGAUCUUAGUUUCGCUUGCUAGCUGCUAACCAAGUCGAUGCUCACCAGAGAUCAAAUCUGACUGUAAAGAUUGUCGUGUGAAAAUGUGCGCCAAAAUAGUGAAGGAAGAAGAGUACGAGGAGGAAAUUUGGCGGACCAAAGAGAAGGAAAGAAAAGGACGGGACGCUGUUUCCAAGCAGCCUGGAGACGUCUUACACACAGCAGACGCCGGUCGAGAAGAUCUUCGUCCUGCGCACUUCAAAGUUGAAGAGGAGCCUUGGCCUUCUCGCAUUAAACGCGAAGAGCAAGAGGACGACAUCAGCAAGCUUCCAUCGACUGGUGUCAUUGUGAAAAGUGAGGAAGGUGAUGGAGACCGUCGUGGAGGCGACCAGUCGGACAGCCUCUCAGCUCCACGUUCGGAUCGGGAUAGCGUAAUGUCGCACUCAUCUGACAAUGACAAUAAUGAUGAGGAGGAGGAGGAGGAAGACUCUAAAGGUGAAGUGGCACAUCCCGUUGACAAAAAAUGCUUCCAAUGUUCUCACUGCGGGAAACGUUUUUCCAACAAGUUCUCAUUGAAUAGACACACAAAAACUCACACUGGAGAGAAACCUUAUGCCUGCUCAGUUUGUGGCAAAAGAUUCUCAUUAAAAGCAGGUUUAACCACGCACACGAGAAGCAGACACAAUGGAGAAAAAACGUUUGCCUGCUUGGUUUGCGGUAAAAGAUUCUUUUUAAAGACGGGCUUGACAAGGCACACAAGAACACACACGGGAGAAAAACCUUUCGCUUGCGUAGUUUGCGGUAAAAGAUUCUCCCUAAAGGCAAAUUUGACAACACACACGAGAAGCAGACACGAUGGAGAAAAAUCUUUUCCCUGCUUAGUUUGCGGUAAAAGAUUCUUUUUAAAGACGGGUUUGACCACGCACACGAGAACACACACCGGGGAGAAACCUUUUAUCUGUUCAAUUUGUGGUAAAAGAUUCCGUCAGAAUGGAGAUUUAAACACGCAUACCAGAACACAUACAGGAGAAAAACCUUUUGCCUGCUCAGUGUGUGGUGAAAGAUUCUCUUUAAAGGCUAAUUUAACGACGCACACAAGAAGACACAAUGGAGAAAAACCUUUUGCCUGCUCUGCGUGCGGUAAAAAAUUUACUGACAAGGGAGAGUUGAUAAUACACACGAGAGCCCACACUGGAGUAAAACAUUUUGGGUGCUCAGUGUGCGGUAAAAGAUUCUCUAAAAAUGCAAGUUUAACAAUGCACACGAGAACACACACUGGCGACAGACCUUGCACCUGCACAGUGUGCGGCUGGAGUUUCAGCGCGCGUUCAAAUUUGACGCAACACAUGAAAACACACGCGGGGGAGAAACCCUAUUCCUGCGCAGUUUGCGGCAGAGGAUUCUCUCGUAGGUCGACUUUGACAACGCACGCGAGGAGACACCCUGAGGAAAGACAAACGUGCAUCGCUGAGAAGAGCGGCGCACAGUGAAGUCGCAGGAGAGAAGGAAGACAUCGGAGCUGCGUUGCCCAUCGCUGACUCGUUCUGGACUCCUAAUCCUGAUACAGCAGAACCUCGAUUUCCGCCUGCCAAUAAUACUGCGGCGCUUGGGAGAAUCACUUUCGCACUUCCAAAACUAACUUCAAACUGGUUCUUUGUGCCCCAUUAUUUACUUUACUUUUCUGACAUAUUUGAUAAUUUGCUCUUAAUUAGCCCUCAGAAUGCCUCCCAAGAAAAUGUCAACUUCGAGCAAUAUUUUUAUCACAAUGCCUAAUGGUAUUAAUGUUGAUAAAAAGGAAGUCGUGGGUUAA